UAUGCAUCAACAUAGUUAGUAGCUACCUUUAGAUUACUAAAAGAGUUGAUUAAUUGAUGGAGUUGGUUAGUGGAGAAACCAUAGAUGAGCUAAUUCAAGCUCAAACUCAUAUAUGGGAUCAUAUGUUUUACUUCAUCAAAUCCAUGUCCCUAAAAUGUGCAGUUCAACUAGGCAUAUCAGAUGCCAUUAACAGCCAUGGCAAACCCAUGACUCUUUCUGAGCUGGUUUCUGCUCUAUCAGUCCACCCUACAAAAACACAACAUCUCUACCGUCUUAUGCGUCUUCUUAUUCACUCGGGUUUCUUUGCUUUGCAGAAAGUUGCUGAUGAUCACUCCCAAGAAGGCUAUUUCCUUACCCCUGCUUCUCGUCUCCUCCUUAAGGACAACCCUUUUGGUUCCAGUCCCCUCAUUACUCUGGUGCUUGAUCCAAUUCUAACGGAACCAUAUAAUUGCAUGAGCACUUGGUUCCAAAAUGAUGAUCCUUCAGCAUUUGUCACUGCCUUUGGAGAGACAAUGUGGGAAAAGUCAAGCCGUGAAUCUGGGUUUAAUCGUCUGCUUAAUGCAUCCAUGGGUGGUGAUAGCUCCCUGAUUGGCAAGGCGGUGAUUAUCAAGUGUAAGGAGGUAUUCGAGGGGCUGAAUUCGUUAGUUGAUGUUGCAGGUGGCACCGGAAAUAUGGCAAAGGCCAUUGCUGAUGCAUUCCCAGACUUGAAGUGCACUGUGUUUGAUCAACCACAUGUUGUUGCUGAUUUGCAAGGCAGCAAGAACUUGAAUUUUCUUGGAGGAGACAUGUUUAAGGCUGUUCCUCCUGCUGAUGCAAUUUUACUGAAGUGGACAUUGCAUGAUUGGAGGGACGAAGAAUGUGUGAAGAUACUCAAGAAUUGCAAAGAGGCACUUGUUACCAGAAACGACAAGCAAGGAGGGAAGGUCAUAAUAAUUGACAUGGUGGUGGGGGACCAGGAUGAUGAUGAUAAGUUCACUGAAACGAAGCUGUUAUUUGAUAUAGAAGGGAUGUCAUGUCUGGUUGGUAAGCAGCGAAACGAAAAGGAGUGGGCAAAUCUCUUCUUCAGUGCUGGAUUCAGCAAGUACAAGAUUAACCCUGUACUAGGCCCCAGAGCUCUCAUCGAGGUUUAUCCUUGAAGAUGCUACUACUACUAUUGGAAAUAUAAAUUAUAAAUAUUAGUAUGUGUGUUUGAGUUAAUAAGUGAAUUGUGUGGAGAUUAAGUAUGUGAAGAAUUAGUUGCCCUUAGUUUAGCCUACUGGCUAUUAGCAGGUGGCGUCAGUUAUGAGUCUCUGCUCCUCCAAUUUCUCAGUUGCUAUCAUAUGUGAAGAGCAUAUAAAGAGUCAUAUAAUUAUUACAAUAAAUAUACAUAUGUGUGUGCCCGCAUUUGAUUUAACUAUGUUUGCAGGAGUGAAGUUGAUUUUGUAAUAUUACAAAUGUGGUUUAUGUUA